GGUGGAGCUGAAGGCUGCCCAUCCAAGCUAAACCUUCCCUGGCCCCUGGUUUGGCCGUGGCCUGGCUGCGGGUGACUGAGUUCACUGAGCCCCCUUUGGCUUUCCCCUACUAGGCAUGCACGUGUCCCAGCCUGCAGUGGUGCUGGCCAGCAGCCGAGGCAUCGCCAGCUUUGUGUGUGAGUAUGGGCCUUCAGGCAAAGCCGCCGAGGUCCGGGUGUCAGUUCUGCGGCAGGCUGGCAGCAAGGUGACUGAAGUCUGCGCUGCGACAUACACAGUGUACAAUGAGUUGGCCUUCCUGGAUGACUCCGCCUGCACUGGCACUUCCAGUGGAAACAAAGUGAACCUCACCAUCCAAGGGCUGAGGGCCAUAGACACAGGGCUCUACAUCUGCAAAGUGGAGCUCAUGUACCCACCACCCUACUAUGCAGGCAUGGGCAAUGGAACCCAGAUUUACGUCAUUGAUCCAGAGCCGUGCCCAGAUUCUGACUUCCUCCUCUGGGUCCUUGCAGCAGUCAGCUCAGGACUGUUUUUCUACAGCUUCCUCAUCACAGCUGUUUCCUUGAGUAGAAUGUUAAAGAAAAGAAGCCCUCUUACCACAGGGGUCUAUGUGAAAAUGCCUCCAACAGAGCCAGAAUGUGAAAAGCAAUUUCAGCCUUACUUUAUUCCCAUCAAUUGAGACGCCCUUAUAAAGAAGAAAGAACACUUUCCAGCUUCCAAGAGCUGAAGCAAUUCUGACUUUUUGCUAUUCCAGCUGUUUUCAUUUAUUUGUGUAUUUUGGGAGGAUUCAUCUCUCUUUAAUACUAAACUGGAUGCCAAAGCCAAAUUAAAUGUACUACAAUUUAAAACAAAGGAGUUAGAAACAGAGCCAGGAUGUUUCUGUCGCAUCAGACCCAGUUUUAGUAAAAGCAUCACUUGGGAGCAAUAUGGGGAUGUAGCAUUACGAUGUGGGAUCAUGGGAUCAAGGAUGUGUUAGGGAAUGGUCUAGCAGAAGCAGCAAAGGAAGGGAGAGGACCUACUGCACACACCUUGUGUUCACACGAGACGUGUGUAGCUGAAAUGAUGUUUUCAAGUUAAAUUUUUAUGCCGUGUUAUUUUUCUUAACAAAUAAUUAUAAGAGGACUUCACAAAUACUCAUGUGGCUAUAUUUUAGCCAGUGAUACCAAAAGUUGUAUUGUACCAAUAUACAUUUUUUAUCUGAUAGUAUUGUGCAUGGGGGUCACAUGUGCUUUUGUGUAUUUGCUGAUGGUUUGAAUAUAAACACUAUAUGGCAGUGUCUUCCCACCAUGGGUUCUGGGAAAGUUCUGUGGAGGGACUCAGGACACUAAUACACCAGGGAGAAUAUAAGGUCACUUGCUAACCAGCUUGGAAGCUGGAAUGAGGCCAUAACCUAUUCUUGCAGACACAUUGGGCUGAAUUGGUGUUGACAUGUGUUUGGACUUUUAUGCUGGCUCCUUUCAAUGGUGUGCAAGGAAGCCAAAGUUGGUGGCAUCUGAAUUAACUGGAUAGAACACCAUUGUCAAGAAGUGACUCAUUUCAGGAGUCAUGUAGGUAUGAACUUCAAGGGAUCUCAGUCCAUGGGGUCCCUGAUUCCUUAAGCAUAGUUAAUGCCAUGGACAGAAAAAGCAGCAGGUGGCAGAAUGGGGUAAUGAAGGUUUCUGAAAACUAACACUGUUGGUGUUUUUUAACUCAAUAUUUUCCAUGAAAAUGCAACAACAUGUAUAAUAUUUUUAAUUAAAUAAAAAUCUGUAGUGGUUGU